GGCAGGUCGUCCACGACUGGUCCACUUUCUUUCUUGAAAGAGAAGCAAACUUCGGAAGCCAACCUCCAAGCUUAAAGCAGACCCAAACUUCAUCUUCAACAUCGGUAGUACGAUCAUGGAAUCGUCCACGACCGUCGGAUCUUCAGUCACGGCCACGAAGUGGAAGUAGCAGGUUCAACACGAAGAUGGUUCGACCCUCUGUCGUAACCUCCGGCAGUAGCUUUUCCAAAGGAGAGCUUUCAUCGUCUUCAAAAAAUAAAAUGAAGCUUAGUAUGGUCAUCGGCAGCGGUCCGAGUCCGGUUCGAAGCAUCUCGUCAUUGCCAUCCAACCUCAAAGGAGGCGUCUUCAUAAUCGAUCUCCGAACAAAAAUGGCCAGCCAACCAUGGACGUCGGCAAGGCAGCAGAUCCAGCAUGACAGUAGCUCCAACAUGGCAGCAGCUCCAGCAAGGCAGCAGAUGCUUCGACUUCAACUCCGGCGACAUAGUUCACGGCAUCUGCCGUCGUAA